GUGAAACACUCCUAUUUGCCACAGCCCUGUGACAAACGCACGAAGACAGAACUCGAAGCCAGCCAGAGAAGAACCAGGAUGAACCUCCUUCCCUCCUGCUCGGUGGAGACGUGGGCCCUUUUGCUUAUUUUCAUAGCCCUCCUGGUAGCAUAUGGAACCUGGCCGUUUGGUGUCUUCAAGAAGUUGGGUAUUCCUGGGCCAAGACCUCUGCCUUUCUUUGGGACGUGCCUGGAAUAUCGCAAAGGUUUCUUGGAGUUUGACAAUGAGUGUUUCCAGAAAUACGGGAAAGUCUGGGGGAUUUACGAUGGCAGGCAACCUGUGAUGGCUGUCGUGGACCCCCAGAUCAUUAAAUCUGUGCUGGUUAAAGAGUGUUACUCCACCUUUACCAACCGCAGGCGUAUGGAACUAGUAGGGGUGCUGAGCAACGCCGUCUCAUUAGCCGAAGACGAACAGUGGAAAAGGAUUCGCACUGUGCUCUCUCCAACCUUCACCAGUGGGAAGCUAAAGGAGAUGUUCCAUAUAAUAAAGCACUAUGGGGAAGUUUUGGUGAAAAAUGUUCAAAAGCGAGUGGAAAAGGACCAGGCUCUAACUGUAAAGGAUAUCUUUGGAAGCUACAGCAUGGAUGUCAUCACCGGCACUUCGUUUGGUGUGAACAUCGACUCAAUGAACAACCCCAAAGACCCCUUUGUCAGAGAGAUGCAGAAGCUGGUCAAGUUUGAUUUUUUUGACCCAUUGUUCAUCUUUAUAUUUGUAUGCCCAUUCGUUAUUCCUCUUUUGGCAAAGAUGAAUGUAAACAUCUUCCCCAAGGAUGCUCUAAAUUUCUUCAUGAGAUCCGUUGCCAAAAUUAAGCAGGAUCGUGAAAAAGAGACUCACAAUGGCAGAGUAGAUUUUCUGCAGCUGAUGAUUGAAUCCCAGGACUCAACCAGUCAUGGAAGCAAUGGAACUGCUCAUUCACACAAAGGCCUGACUGACAUAGAGAUCCUGUCACAAGCAUUCAUCUUUUUAUUUGCUGGAUACGAGGCCACCAGCAACACACUUUGCUUCCUAGCAUAUGAGCUGGCCCUGCAUCCUGAUGUGCAGCAAAAAGUGCUGGAGGAGAUAGACACCGUGUUACCCAACAAGGCUCCUCUCACAUACGACGCAGUCAUGAAAUUGGACUAUCUUGAUAUGACAGUGAAUGAAACCCUUCGGCUCUUUCCCCUUGGAGGACGGCUUGAGAGAGUCUGCAAGAGAGACAUAGAAAUAAAUGGAGUGAUGAUUCCCAAAGGAACUGUUGUUGUAAUCCCACCCUAUACCCUCCACCGCAACCCUGAGUACUGGCCAAACCCAGAGGAGUUCAGACCAGAAAGGUUCAGUAAGGAAAACAAAGACACCAUAGACCCGUAUACGUACCUACCCUUUGGAGCUGGCCCCAGGAACUGCAUCGGGAUGCGGUUUGGUCUCCUGAGUCUGAAAGUUGCCAUCACCAUCCUACUGCAACACUUCACCUUCCAAACCUGCAAAGAAACUCAGAUCCCUCUCAAGCUGAGCUCACAGGGAUUGCUAAGACCAGAGAAACCCAUCAUGCUGAAGCUAGUCCCGCGGACCAGCACCGCUCCUGCAGAGGCGUAAAACCCAGCUGCGCCUGCCACAGUUCUCCGCUGUCUAAUGAGUGUUGUGCUAACAAAGGGAUCACACAUCGCAUGAAAUCUCUCCUAUACAUCCAGCCACAGAAGAGCAGCUCUAGUUAAUUCUGGAAGCAAUUACUACAUAUUUACUAAUAAACAUAGCUGUCAGAAACGUAACGUGGAUCACUGGACAGCGACAAUACACAGUCCCCCUAAUUUUGAUUGCAGAAAACGAGAAAUAAAUCCAAAUGUGAAGCUGAUCAUCAACUUCUGAGGGGAUUUCUCCAUCUGGAGAGAAGAAAUUACUGUUGCAUCCAAGAGGAACAAGGUGUGAUAGAAAUUCAAAUCGCCAGACCUCACUGGGCAGGGACGGGUGACAUUCUUCUUGGUGUAUUGAUGCUUGAAAUUUCAUGUGUUAUAAUUGAGAUGACUGGUGUGAGACUACAUCCUAGUUACCAAACCUCUCCUGUGCCAUGUGUUAAUUAAACUAAAGUGUGUACAAAUACUGUCAUUAAAAAUGUUUGAGAGCUGC